UCCUCUGUCUGUCUGUCUGUCUGUCUGUCUGCAGGAGAAACAUCAACAUGCUGUCGCUCUUUCUUCGCGCCUUCACCUCCUUCUGUUUCCUCUCAGCGCCAGCCCGUGUGUCAGCCGUCACCACGGAGACGGUGGUGGGUGUGGCCGGUAGGAUUGUGACGCUGCCGUGUCUAUCAGAGGCCGUCAGUCAGAAAGGAGUGGAGGUGUGCUGGGGGAGAGGAGAGCCGUCACUGUUCACUUGCCACAACACUGUGAUCAAUGGCGCUGGAGAGCAGAUCACAUACAGGAAGUCCUACAGGUACUCAGUAUCUUCCUCGUCCUCUCUGUCCAUCCUGAGCUCUCGACCGUCAGACUCUGGUUUCUAUCACUGUAGAGUUCAGGUUCCCGGUCUGUUCAAUGACCAAACAUCCACCGUUCACCUCAUCAUCAUCAACCCUCGCUCGGUGGUCUCUGACGGCAGGGAGGCUGAGAACCUGAACGCACCACAGACUACAACCGCUACAGAGUACAGGACGGGCCGUCAGGGUUUCAUCAGACGAGACGUGACAGAGCAGACAGGAAGUGAUGUCACAGGAGACAACACCACAGGACCAAUGGUGGCGCAGGUUCAGUCGUCUGUAAACAAACAGCAACAGGUAAACAGUCUGCAGAUCUUCAUCGGAAACACACUGAGAGUCUCCUUCAUCAUCUUCAUACCUGCACUGCUGCUGACUGCUGCUCACAGAGUGUGGAGGUCCAAUCAGAGACCAGAGACUGAGAGUGACAGGAGGCUGAACCAAUCAGAGGAGGAGGACAGCUCUGUGUAGGAUCAAUGUUCUGCUGUCAAGCCUACUUUCAGUUUUAUUUUUUAUUUCUCUGAGUCAUAUUUUUUUAUAAAAAACUAAUAAAAUGAAAUGUUGAAUAUUAAAGCAGUUGGUUAUUAUAUAUAUAUAUAUAUAUAUAUAUAUAUAUAUAUAUAUAAUUAUAGAUAUUUUAUUAUAGAUAUAUUAUUAUUAUAGAUAUUUUAUUAUAGAUAUUUUAUUAUAGAUAUAUUAUUAUAUAAAUAUUAUUAUCAGUUCCUAAAACCUUCACAUUGUCUCAUGAGCCUGCAGCGCCCUCUGGUGGGCUCAUUCAUUAACAACAGUCUGAGUGCUGCUGCUGGUUCCUGAGGAUGUGUGACAGUGUUCACCUGUUCACCUGUUCACCUUCAUCUCUGUUGUUUGGAUCUUUGUAAGUUAUUAAAUGUUAAUUUAUAGUUUUAUAACUCUAGAAUCUAUAACAGUGUAUAGACUCUAGAGCUUUGUUCUAUAAGGAGCUGAUUCAAUCAAUAAUCUAUAAUCAAUAAACUGUAUAAACUCUA